UAUUAAUUUUUAACAAGGUGUGGCUUCACUGGUCGAGCUAGCUUGUAGCGAGGCUUGUAGUCAACUAGUCAUUUUAGUGAGAUCUUGUCUAUGGGCCAACCUCUUCGCCUCUAGGUUCUAUUUCACUACGCAGAAUGCAACUGAAGAAGGCUGCCUUACUUUUAUUUGUUGUGUUUGUGUGCAUUAUCGUGUCGUACUUGUGCUUCUUUAGGAAUGUGGAUAAUGAGGUCGAGAAUGAGGAACUAGAAGAUAAUAGAAAAAGUUCUCAGAAUGUACGGAAAAAAUCAAAGGCAUACCCUUUAAAUAGCUUUACCAUGUCACCUGGAAAUUCAAUUUUAAAAACUCCUCAACCAAACAACCGCCCACAAAAUCACGUCUCUAAUAGGAAACAAAUAUAUCAUAAUUUGUUCCAUCCAGCAAAUGCAUCUGAUCUCUGGGUUACACUUGACAAUAAAAGAUUAGCGGUUAGAAGGCUUGCUUAUUAUGAUGCCCGUGAUCCAGAUAAGCCAUCUCUUAUCUUAAAUGCAUUGUAUGACUUGCGUCAUUCUCGAAAGCCAAGAGUCUUUGUUCAUUUGAAAUACUCCAAUGAAUUCUCGCAGUGUCUUCCUAUGAAGUACAAAACUAAGAGUGGGAAACUUGAUCGUGGUAUGCGAGAGUAUUACGUUUAUUUUCUGUUGAGCACCAAAGAGUCAGUGAGUGAGAUCCCUGAGAGCGUAGCCCUCUCUCUUAAUAAAGAUUGUAAUGAUUUAUCAAGCAAUAUUCCUGUCCAAUCUCUUGAACAAGGACCCGACCUUAUCAACUAUGCUGUCUGUCUUCACAAAGCUCUUUUCUCUAUAUCAGAUGUACAGGUUUUAGUGGAUUGGAUUGAACUAAACAAAGCACUUGGAGCUGAACUCUUAAUACUAUAUUUUCAAACUGCACCCGAGAAUAUGUAUACCGUACUUAAGCCAUACAUCAAACAGGGUCUAGUUGAAGUCAUUGAUUGGAAUCUUAUGAAGCCUACAGUACCUGUUUCAUAUACAAGGGACCUUGGUCAGUCUGGUGUCAUCAAUGAGUGCAUAUACAGGAACAUGAACAGAGUCAAGUACUUAGCACUGACUGAUAUAGAUGAAUUCAUUGUACCAGAGUCUAAAUUUGAAAAGGUCGGAGACAUGGUCGAGUAUCUUGAAGAAAAAACAAAAUCAAAACCAGUCUCAGCUUACAGGUUUCAUAAUACAUAUUACUUUGAAGACCCAGUGUCAGUACCUCAAGUUAAAGACGUGUCUUUUUGUCCUAAAAUGAAGCUACCUCGCUACUUCAGACGAACACAAAGAGCUACACAUGCAGAGAAAUAUGGAUCAGACAAACUAGUGGUCAAGACAAGAGCAGUUAACGUGGUUCAAGUUCACUUUGUUGUAGAUAAACAAAAAGAAUAUGAAGCAGAAUAUGAAGUACCUAAUGACAUUGGUAGGAGCAAUCACUAUAGGUGGCCUUAUAGAAUGGCUGAUUUUACUCCUCAUGAAUACAGUGAUAUAAUGGGGAGAUAUGUUGCUACUGUAAUACCUAAAAUAAAAUCUGUUAUGUGCGAGUGAACAAGGUAGUUUAACAGCUAGCCAUUAUAAUUAUCUACAUAUUGACAAUUAUCCACUCUUGAUAUUGAUAAUAGGUGUUUUAAUGAUUAAUUGUUGCAAAUCAUCACAAUUUCACAAUAAA